AUGGGCAAGAAAGGGAAGAGGAAGAACCCCGGCGGGCGGGGGAACGUCGCGGCGGCGGCGGAGCGCCGCGCGGCGGCGCCCGCGCGUCCUGCGCGGGACGACUCGGCGGAUCCGAGGAUCUCGCGCGAGGACGACGACGGGGACGACGCGAGCGCGCGCGGCGUCGCGUCGCCGCCGCCGCCGCCUCCGCGCGCGUCGCCCGCGCCGUCGUCCGUCGCGAACGACGACGACGCGUUCGCGACGCCGUCCGGCGCGUCGCGCGCGCCGUCGAGCGCGCGCGAGACCCCGGGCAGCGCGUCGCUCGGCGCGUCGUCCUUCGCGACGCCGCGCUCGAUGGCGUCCUCCGCGUUCGCGUCGCCGGCGACCGCCGCGUCCGCGUCCGCGUCCGCGUCCGCGUCGUUUCCGAAGACGCCCGGGACCGCGGGCGAGAUCGGCAUCGACGGCGACGCGUGGGCGAGAGAGGCGGCGCGCGCGAUGGAGGAGGAGCGCGCGCGACUCGAAGCCGCGCGACGACGCUUGGAGCGCGCGGUCGAGACCGCGGAGGAAGCGUCGCUCGAGAUCGACGACGACGACGCCGCCGCUGACGACGCGCCCGCCGUAACCGCGCGCGGACUCGGACUCGAGGACGCGGACGUCUCGAUCGAAGAGCACUCUCUCCUGGACGUCUCGUCGUCCGAGUCGCCGCCGCCGAACGACGCGAGCGCGUUGGACCCGAACGUCUCCAUCGAGCUCGUGGACCAAUCCAUCGAGGAGCACUCGCUUCUCGACGCGUCGUCGUCGUCGUCGUCCGCGCGGUCGAGCGCGGGGAGCGAGGACCUGUCGAUGCCGCCGGGGCGGACGACGACAUCGCCGAACAAGGCGGUGGUUCCGGCGCGGUCGUCGCCGAGCGCGAGCGCGAGCGCGUCGCCGACCGCGUCCGCGGCGGCGUCGCCGAGCGGUACGCGGACAAGGGAUGAGAAAGUCCUUAAGGAACGGCGUUCACCACGCGAACGGGGUCGUAUGAGGACCAGUGUGAACGAGAACGCCGACGUCUCCUCGUCGCCCGCCGCCGAGGACAUGGCGCGACGACGCCGACGCCGAAUGCGACCGAAGGCGAUGACGUUCGCCGGGCAGCCCCUCGCGCGCGUCGACGAAGUCGUCCGCGGCGAGUCCGAGUCCCCUUCCUCGUCCGCGUCGGGGAUCUCCGAGGGCGACGACGACGACGACGACGAAGACGACGAAGAACGCGAAGAGAAACAGAUCGAGGUUUUCGACGACGACGACGGGAACGAAUCCCCCGGCUGGCUCGACGGCUGGCUCGACGGCAUCGGCGCGCGGCUCGGGUUUUUCGACGACCACGACGCGCCGCCCGACGUUCUCCUCCCUCCGUCCCUCCUCCUCUCGGAGCACGACGCCGCGGCGAGGAUACAGGCGCGGCACCGCGGGCGCGUCGCUCGCGUCGCGGUCGCGGCGCUUCGAGAGGAGGACGCCGCGGCGAGGGCGAUGCAACGCGCGCGGCGCGCGGCGGUGGCGAAGCGCGAGCGCGUCAGAGCGCGCGCCGCAUCGCGCGUGCAAGCCGCCGCGAGAGGACGCGCGGCGCGGCGCGAGGCGGCGCGAAGACGCGCCGAGCGCGACGCGAGGCGAGCGGCGGCGACGGCGAUUCAGACCGCGUGGCGCGGGUUCGUCGCGGUCUGCGAGGUCAUGGCGCGCAGGGAGGUGAGGGAUCUGAAGAUCGCCGCGGCGACGCGGAUACAGAGCGGCGUCCGAGCCGCGGCGGCGCGCGUGAGGGCGAGGGCGUUGCGCGCGCGACGCGACGCGUGCGUGAUGAUUCAAAAGUGCUUCAGAGGCGCGGCGGAUCGCGCGCGGGUUAAGAAGGCGCGCGAACGCGGGGGGGGCGUCCUCGCCGCGGGGACGAUUCAAGCCGCCCAUAGAGCAAGGGCGGCGCGCGCGGAGGCUAAAUGUCGCCGCGCGGCGAUCGCGCGCGAGCGCGCGGCCUCGACGAUUCAAGCCGCGCAGAGAGCGAGGGCGGCGAGGCGCGAGCUCGCGAGGUUGAGAGAGCGUCGCGACCGCGUCCGCGCGGCGACGGCGAUUCAAGCCGCGCAGAGAGCGAAGGCGGCGAGGCGCGAGCUCGCGAGGUUGAGAGAGCGUCGCGACCGCGUCCGCGCGGCGACGGCGAUUCAAGCCGCGCAGAGAGCGAGGGCGGCGAGAGACGAGCUCGCGAGGUUGAGAGAGCGUCGCGACCGCGUCCGCGCGGCGACGGCGAUGCAAGCGAUGCGCAGAGGCGCAGAGGCGCGAAGAGAGGUGAAUCGCCUGCGCGAGCGCGAGGCGAGGCGACGCGCGGAGAGCGCGCGCGAGCGCGCGGCCGCGACGAUUCAAGCCGCGCAGAGAGCGAGGGCGGCGAGGCGCGAGCUCGCGAGGUUGAGAGAGCGUCGCGACCGCGUCCGCGCGGCGACGGCGAUGCAAGCGAUGCGCAGAGGCGCAGAGGCGCGAAGAGAGGCGAAUCGCCUGCGCGAGCGCGAGGCGAGGCGACGCGCGGUCGUCCUGAUGCAGUCCGCGCGCCGAGCGAAGGUGGCGAGAGACGAGCUCGCGCGUCGCCGAGCCGCAGAGCGCGCGCGCGUCGCGGCGGUUCGCAUCCAAAGCGCGUUCCGACGCGCGGCGGCGCGAAGGGAGGCGAAUCGCCUCAGAGAACUCGAGACGCGAGAGCGGCGGCGCGCUGCGGCGACGACGAUUCAGCGCGCGUACGUCGCCGCGCUCGCGCGGCGGGACCUGCGCGCGCUCGAGUCGGCGCGUCGCGCGCGUCGCGCGGAGGCGACUCGCGCCGCCGCGACGACGAUCCAGGCGCGCUGGAAGGGUGCGAAAUCGCGGAGGGCGUUUCGGACGACGCGCGACGCGGCGAUCGUCGCGCAGGCGGCGCGACGCGCCGCCGUCGCGCGCCGACGCGCCGACGCGGCGCGUUUGGAGCGCCGCGCGAGGGACGCCGCGGCGACGCGGAUACAGACGGCGCACAGAGCCGCGGCGGCGCGGAAGGCGCUCGCGACGCGCCGCGCCGCCGCCGCGUUGGGCAUCUCCAAUCUCUCGCUCGCGCUCGCCGCCGCCGCGGACGACGAGGUGGGCGCGCGCGAGAUGACGCGGCUGGAGCGCGAGGCGGUCGCCGCGGAGGAGUCGGCGGCGGCGCACCUCACGACGGCGGCGAGGAAGCGCGCUGAAGCGGCGGCGGCGGCGUCGGACCGCGUCGCGCUGUUGGAGACGACGGCGGCGGCGUGGCGGACGCGGUUGGAGGGGUUGCGGUCGCGCGAGACGGCCACCGCGGCGCCGUCGUCCAUGGUUUCUUCAAUCGCACGGGAAUCGAUCCCGACCUCGACCUCGAUAUCGGCCGCCGACGCCGACGCCGACGCGCUGGCGCUGGCGGCGGCGCCGUCGGACGACGAUAUCGAGGUCGAGGUCGGGAUCGACUCCCGUGAGAUUGAAGAAACCUUGGACGACGACGACGAGCUCGACGUCACGCGCGUGAGCCCCGGGACGAUCGACGUCGCGGUGGACGCCAACACGCUCGCGCUCCUGCGCGACGUGCGCGGCGCCGGGGGCGCGACGGGCGCGGGGUCCUCUCGCGGUGGGUCCCCGUCGUGCUCGAACUCGAACGCGGGCGGCGGCUCGCCGAUCGAACGCGCGGCGGCGCUCGCCGGGUUGAACGCGUUGCGGUCGAUGACGCGCGCGUUAUCUCCCGCGCGGUCCGCGUCGUCGUCGCCGUCGCCGUCGCCGCGCGCGUCGUCGCCCGUCCGCGCGGGCGCGUCGACAGCGCCGAAGAAGUCGCCGUCGCCGUCGCCGCUGUCCGCGUUCGUCUCCGCGCUCGCCGCGUCCGCGGACGACGGCGGCGGCGGCGCAAACGAUCGACGCGGCGCCGUUUCCGCCGCGGGGGGAAUCGAUUCCCCCAGUCUCGUCUCGAUCGUCGCCGAGGAAGCGCGCAUCGAGGCUGAGCUCUUCGGGAUCGGCGAGAAGCUCACCGGCGCGGCAGUCGCAGGGAAGGAGACGGAGAAGGACGCGGAGGACGACAUCGCGCAGGUGAGGGCGCUGCCGGAGUCCAUGACGAAGAAACCGCCGCCGCCGCCGUCGGAGAAGGAGGAGGAGGAAGGCGCGCGGGCGUCGACUGAGGACGCGCGGGAGGAGACGUCUUCGGAGCCGCGCGCGAACGACGCCGCGCCGACGCCCUCCGCGGAGCCGAACCCUCCUCGCUCCCCCGACGACGACGACGCGGCGCCAUCCUUCGGACGUCUCCCGCGCGGGACGCAUCGCUCGUGGGCCAAGACGCCCACGGCGAUCUCUUCCGUGCGGCGCUCGCGCGAGGACAUCGACGCCGUCGUUCGCGAGCGCGACGCCGUCGUGGACGAGCUCGCGCGGCGGCUGCCGCACGAGUCCGUGCGCGCGUCGCUCGCGCUUCGACUGCGCGGGAGCGGGAGCGGUCGAAACGCGGGCGACGGUGGCGACGGUCCGGGUCCGGGGUCCGCGGCGCGGCGGCGAAAGUCGAGAUCGCUGCGCGCGUCGGUGGAUCGCGCGCGCGCGUCGUUGAAGACGGAUGAUCUCGACGCGCUCGAGCGCGACGUCCUCGACGCGGAGAGGGCGGAACUCGCGCGGCGGCGCGGCGGGCUUCGCGGCUCGUCCGGGCUCGAUGCGGCGUCCGGGCUCGACGCCGACGCCGUCGCGGACGCGUUGCUCGCGUUCGCGACGCCCGCGGCGGCGGUGGCGGCGUCGGCGUCGAAAACUCCGGGCGGCGGCGGCGUUUGGCGGCGGCGCGGGCGACCGCUCGACGGCGACGUCGAGCUCGAUAUCGCGGCGAACGCGUCGACGUCGCGGCCGUGGAGCCGCGUCGGGAGUCGAGGCGGGAGCCGCGCAACGUCCCCGGCGCGUCGGCGCGCGAUCGACGCGCUCGCGGCGGAACGCGACGCCGUCGUCGAGGAGCUCGCGCGACGCAAAUCAGCGGCGGCGACGGCGACGGCGACGGCGAACGCGGACGCGGACGCGACCGCGACGACGGCGACGGAGACUUCCAAGUCACAGGACGCCGUCGCGAGCGCGACCGGGGACCGCCUCGAGGCGUGGAAAGCGCGCAUGGAGCGCGAGAUCGUGGAUCUCCGUGCCAAGGUUGCCAUCGCGGAAGCGUCAAAGGCGAACGCGUCGCCGCCGCCCGCUGCCGCUGCGCCGACCGCGACGCCCUCGAGGGACGCGGGGACGCGCGCGACGCCGCCGUCGUCGUCGCCGCCGCCGCAGCGCGAACCGUGGAAACCGUGGGGCGCGUCCGCGCCGGCGUCGCCGUCGUCGUCGCCGCUCGUCGCGGCGAAGGCGUCGCCGUCGCCGUCGCCGUCGCCGUCCGCGUCCGCCGUCGUCGAAGCCGACGCGCCGACGCCGCGCGCGCGGCUCCAACGCGAGCCGUGGAAGCCGUGGUCGAACGCCGCGCCGCCGUCGCCGACGCCGCUCGCCGCGAUGGACGACUCGACGCGCGACGCGGACGCGGACGCGGACGCGAACGAGAGAGAGGACGACGCGCGAGAGGCGCCGCCGACGAUGCUCGGUGACGCGACGCGCGCGACGAAGCGCGCGACGACGCCGACGCCGACGCCGACGCGCCCGAGGUCGCCGUCGCCGAAACCGAGAACGGCGUCUCCCGCGCGUAAAGCCGCGGCCGCGGCGGUGCGCGCGUACAAAGACGCGUCGCCGUCGCCGUCGCCGUUGCCGGUCGCGGUCGUCGCGGAGGCUGCCGCGACGCGCGGAGACGAGAACGCCGCAGACUCGGACUCGGACGACUCCGACGACGACUUUGGCUUCGCGUCCGUCGCCGCGAUGCCGCUCCCCGGCGCGGCGCUCGGCGGCGUGCUCGCGACGUCGAAGGAGAAGAACGCCGCGGAAGCGGCUGCCGCGGCGGCGAUGCGUUCGCCGUCGCCGUCGCCGUCGCCGUCGCCGUCGCCGAGGAGGAUAACAGACGCGUCGAGGCGGUCGAUGGAACGCCGCCGUCUCGCCGCGGAGGCGCCGGCGUCGCCGCCGCCGCGGACGAAAUCGCCGACGCGUUCGCCUUCGCCGCGGACGAAGACGCGCGCGCUCGAGAGGAAGAACGCGGCGCCGAGCCCGAAUCGGUUCGCGACGACGCCCGCCUACGCCGCGCGCGUCGUCGUCGACGUCUCCACGUCGUCCGCGUCCGCGACGCCGACGCGGACGCCGAACGACGGACGCGCGACAAACUUUUUCGGCCUUCCGAUUGAACGCGAACGCGACGGCGACGCGGACUCGUCCGACGACGGCUUCGACGCGCGCGCGCGCUCGUCCCGGGCGAGAUCGAAGAGGAACGACGCCGACGACGUCGCCGACGCGUGGGCGGCGGAGGCGACGAAGAGAGCGUUCGAAUCGUCGGACGACGACGACGACGCGUCGGACGUCGUAGACGCGGCGUUCGCGUCGACGCCGCGUCCGUCGUCGACGCGGUCGCCGCGUCGAAGCCGUCGUCGGGUCGAAUCCAUCGACGACGACGACGACGACGACGCCGAGGACAGCGACGACUCGUUCGACUCGCGGUUCGACACGUUCGUGCGGUCGUCCGCGAAGAAGGCGUCGGCGUCGCGCGGCGAAGCGUCGUUCGAGGCGAGGGUUCUGCGGUCGCUCGGGAGCGCGUCCAAGAGCGCGUCCAAGCUUCGGAGUCGUUCGCGUUCGCGUUCGCGCGCGCCGCCGUCGCCGCCGAGCUCCGCGACGAGGAGGACCACGCCGAAUCGCGCGGCGGCGAAGAGCGCGGGAGGGAGCAGCGCGGGGCGGCGACGCGCGACGUCGUCGUCGUCGUCGCCGUCGCCGCCGCGGCGCGGCGAGGCGGAGGAUCCGGAGGAGUCGUCGUUCGAGCGCGGGUUCCGGUCGUUCGCGCGCUCGUCCGCGAAGAAAGCGACGUCGUCGUCGUCGUUCGAGGCGCGGUACUUGAGGUCGUUCGCGAAUCUGGAAGACGAGAGUCUCCGCGAGAGUCUCCGCGGCGGCGGGAGCGCGUCAAAGAGGGUCUCGGCGACGCCGACGCGUCCGGCGGCUCCGGCGCCGUCUCCCGCGACGUCGAUCGACACCGUCGCGAGCGCGGCGCGCGACGACUCCGUCGAGAGCUCGUUCGACGAGCGGUUCCGGCGGUACGCUUCGAAUCGCGGGACUUUUGGCGCGAAGACGCCGACGCCGACGACGACGCGGGAAGCCGCCGACGCGCGAGUCUUUUCGUCGGCCGCGGCGCGCCUCCCUUCGACGCCGGAGGCGGCGGCGGAGGAGGACGACGGCGGCGCGUCUUCUCCGGAGAAGGCGCUUGACGCGGCUGAUGAAGUCCUUCUUAAGGAUCGGCGUUCACCACGCGAACGCGGUCGUACGGGGACCGGCGUACCGCGUCGCGUGAUGACGGACGACUUCGAGGCGUUCUUCGUCGACACCGGCGGCGCGGACGCGUACGACGCCGCGCUCGCGGCGGCGAUCGCGCCGCCGCCGACGGCGAUCGACCGACCGGGGGGAAGAGAGACGACGUCGCCGCCGCCCGUGACGGCGACGGCGACGGUGACGUCGUCGCCGUGGCGGAGGAAGAUUGAAGACGCGGCGGCUGCGGCGAUGCUUCGCGCGCAGAUCGACGCGCGGUUCGAACGGGAGAUGGCGGACUCGAUCGCGGCGGCGGCUGCCGCGGCGAGCGCGGCGAUCGAGGCGCGCGUCGUCGCGGAAGAGGCGGAGGAGAAGGCUUCUCACGCGCUCGCCAGCGUGGACGUGAACGCCGCGACGACGACGACGAAGGCAAAGUCGAAGAAGACGACGACGACGGCGAAGGGCGCCGCGAAGGGCGCCGCGACGAAACCGAGCGCGAAAGUGACGUCGAGCGGGUACGGGUACGGCGCGAUCGCCGCGAAGAGGGCGGCGGCGACGAAGCCGCCGAAGAAGUCCACCGCGACGACGGUCGCCGCGGUCGCCGCGCCCCCCGCGGCGGCGGCGGGUUCGGCGAAGAAGAAGAUCGUCAAGAGGAAGAAAACCGCCGCCGCGACGACGACGGCGACGAAGCGUCUCGAGAAGACGCGCGUCGUCGCCGCGGAGCGUCCGAGGCAGUGGCAUUGA